AUGCUAGAAACCAUUGACUGCCGCAAGAGCCAGGGCUGUAGCGUCGGCAAGACAGAUUCGGAGUCCUUCACUGUUGGUGCCACUUUCAGCGUUAGCCAAGAUAAAUACUGGUCAUCUAUGGGCUUCUCCGUCACUAAAGCCUGGACGACUGGCAAUUCCUACACCUGCAAUGGCGGUCAAAACGAAAGUGUCUGUAUUUGGUACAAUACUACCCACACGACUUAUACCGUAAAAGACACUACACGGGUGCCAGGCGAGUAUAAGAAAAAGACGGGCAUAUAUGAUAUUUCUUCUCCCAACAAGAACAAUAAGGGCGGUGAUUACUAUUGCAUGGUCGGUACCCAUUGUAAAGCCAAGGGCGAUAGUUGGUGGGACAGGAACGAGCGUCGUGGUGGUCCUUAA